UUUUUUGAAAAUGAAAUAAUUGAAAUCAGUAACUCCUUUGGAUUGGCUGAGAGUUGAGUUUGUGCAUUGUUCCCCUCGUGGCUCUUCGCAGGUAGAUCUAAACCUUGCUUUCUCUUCUCCAUACGUUACGAUGGCCUACCGAAGUUGUCGAUCGUUACUUCUUUCCUCGCGUCCAUCAAACAUCUUGGCCGUAUCUGGUAGAAGUUAUAUUGCUACACAUGCUGCUCCAGCGCAAUGGAGUUCCACGAGAGGCUACGCUCAUCAGUAUUCUCAUACUGUAAGCCGGAGUAGCUCUGGCAGCCUGUGCUAUAUCUCAUGGCGGACGUACUGCUCCGAGCCAACCAGUGACGCCACUGAACCUUGGAGAGAUGUGUCACACAGCGAUUUGAAGCAGAUGCUCUCCGCUGGGAAUAUAUUCUUGAUCGAUGUGCGCGAGAGGCACGAAUUGCAAGAGACUGGAAAAAUUGACGAUCGGGCUGUCCAUAUCCCACUGGGUACUGUUCCGGAUGCGUUCAAUCUAAGUCCGCGUCAAUUCGAGCAGCGCUACGGCGUCUCAAAGCCAGACGAGAACGACACCAACGUGAUAUUCCACUGCCGUGCCGGCAUACGCAGUCGCCAGGCCCUGCGGGAUGCACACGCAUGUGGAUACACACAGGCUCGUCACUACCUUGGCGGAUGGCUGGAGUGGGAAUCACAUCAAGUCCCCAAAUAGAUUGACAACUGGUCGAAUGAUUCUUGCGUCGCGUCGGUUUUCUCCUUGUUUUGAUUUCCCCAUGCUGUUCUCGGUAGGCAGCUGUGGUAUGUGUUUAGACAGUUUGUGGUGCUGGACACCUGAGUGCAUGCUACACACUGCGUAAUAGCAGUAGUCUUUCCCCUAGACAAACUGGCAAGUAGGUAUCCUUUACUCCAACAUGUGCAUGCAUUGAACCUGUUUUAUCUCUUAGUUGUUUUAUCCCUGCCGAUGUAUUGUUCGCACUUGAUGCUGGCUUCUUCAUGUGGCCCGGCUGAUUUUUUUAAAUUCCGCUUGGCACUAUACCCUUAUUCUAAUUUAUUCGACUUAUUCAGCAGGACCUGUUUCAAGACCCUAGCCAUUGCAAUGACACUGGCAUUAUUACAUCAACCUGUCUGAACAGGACCAAUCUACUGCAUGUACAUUUGGUAGCUUUUAAAAUUCUUGUAGGUAGGGCGUUGUAUAUGUAUAUGUGACGUAGUCUACACCAUUAAUCCUAGUGUUGACACUGAAAUGGCAUCCUUGUUAGGUAUCAUGUUAUUUACACAGUUA